CAAGUGACGCUAGCACGUCGCUGUGCGUUGUCGGAGCUCUGGGCCGCUGUUUCCAGCCCGGGAGGCGGCGGGGAGCCGAGGCCGACAUGGCGACCAGUUACUCGCCCAAAGAUGACGACGUGCACCAGCACAAGAGCCGGAAACCUGACAACACGGCGUUCAAGCAACAGCGCCUGCCCGCCUGGCAGCCCAUCCUGACGGCCGGCACCGUGCUGCCCGCCUUCUUCAUCAUCGGCCUGGUCUUCAUCCCCAUUGGCAUCGGCCUCUUCGUCACCUCCAAUAACAUCAAGGAGCUGGAGAUUGACUACACAGGCACCGAGCCAGACUCUCCUUGUCAUAAAUGUGCUGUGAAUGGCACAUGGAACACUACAUGUGAAUGUGUUGUCCCCUUCCAGCUGGAGCAACCAUACGAGGGAAAUGUUUUCAUGUAUUAUGGAUUAUCAAAUUUCUACCAGAACCACAGGCGAUACGUCAAAUCAAGAGAUGACAGUCAGCUUAAUGGAGAUAAGGCCUCCUUAACUGAUCCCAGUAAGGAAUGUGAACCAUACCGCACAUCUGAUAGGUUACCUAUUGCCCCCUGUGGAGCUAUUGCAAACAGCCUUUUUAAUGAUACUCUAAAGCUGUACUAUGUGGACAACGGCACUGAAACAGAGAUACCUUUGAUCAAGAAAGGCAUUGCAUGGUGGACAGACAAGAAUGUUAAAUUCAGGAACCCAACUGGGGAUUACAAUUUAUCUUACGUCUUUAGAGGUACUACAAAACCUGUGAACUGGCCUAAACCAGUGUAUGAACUGGAUCCAGAGGAAAAGGACAACAAUGGAUUCAUUAAUGAAGAUUUCAUAGUGUGGAUGCGCACUGCAGCUUUGCCCACUUUCCGCAAGCUGUACAGGCUUAUUGAAAAAAAGGAUUCAUUUGCGCCUACACUACAACAUGGAAAUUAUACUCUGCACGUUACCUACAAUUAUCCAGUCGAUAGCUUUCAUGGCCGAAAAAGAAUGAUCUUGAGCACCAUUUCUUGGAUGGGAGGAAAGAAUCCAUUCCUGGGGAUUGCUUACAUCACUGUUGGUUCCAUCUGCUUCUUUCUGGGAGUUGUACUACUGAUCAUCCACCACAAAUAUGGAAACCGCAACACCAGCACUGAGAUUACUAAUUAGUAUUUUUUCGCAACAGAGUAAUUGCAUGUGCAGCAGUCGAGUUUCUAAGGUGUGAUGAAGCCUUAGAAAACUAAGCAGGCAAUUUGACUCUUGACUUCAGUGCAUUGUCAGUAUCUGAUCUCUUCCCAAAUGUGCUCAGAAUCUUUUCAUUUGCAAGUGAAACCUUGUAGUACAGAAUCGCUUGAUCACUUUUCUUACAAUUUAAGCUAAUAACUAUAACUUAAAUUCUGUGUAUAUGGAUGUUAAUAUUUUUGAAAUUAUAAAAUACUUUUAAUGUUUCUUGAAGACUGGUUAAAAUUAAAUGCAUCCUUGAUUUUAUUUGCCAAGUAAAAAUGAAAUAUGAAACGUGGAUGGUAAGCCAAGGAUAUAGACAGGUUAUUUUCUGUGCAUCUGAAGAUUACUCUUUGCUGCCUCCUUGCUCUCCAGCAUUAAUGAACUGUGGCCCACUCAUGUUCAUCCUUAGCUUACUUAGCUUACAUAUCAGUGCUCAAAUGCAUAAAUAAUUGUCAAUGUCUUGGUAGUUCCUGCAGAGAAUUUUUCUCCUUGUGAAAAUCUGCAAUCAUUUUGCUUACUGUCCUUACCCAGUGUACUCGCAUUACAUUUAAGAAUAAGCCACUAAUUGAACAUUGAAGUUUGAGGUCUGAUAUGGAAUGGAUUUAAUUUUCCAAUGCAAAAUGUAACAGAAUGAGAUUGGUACAGUAGGAAGCAGAUUCAAUUUAUUCUGAUUUUCAGGAUAGAGAAAAACUUUCUGCUGAAGAAGAACUAAGGGUUUCAGGAACCAAAGUACUUCCUUAACAGUUGUAACUUGCAGUCUGUUGUUAUACUUCGCUAUUACAGAGUACUUUGGGGAAUAAGUUUGUCUCCUUUUAGAGAAUAUCAUUGGAGAGUGAAUAUAAACUAAUUUGGUAGCCAGUUGUAAGUUUUACCAGUUGUAAUGUGUCGUUUUUGAAUGUAUAUCACAUUAUUAAUCUGGUGUGCUUGCAUUGUUUGUGCUGGACAUUUAUUUUGUGCAGAUUUUGUAUCUUUUUAGUAAGUUAAUCUGCUUUCCACUUCCUCAGUUUCUCAUUGGUCAACAUUAAAUGUGGAACUUUUUGUGCAGGUGGUGAAAUACAUAUGAGAUACUUAAGGAUGUACAUGACACACCACAGGAUAAAUCAGCCAAGCAAAUUUGAUUCAGAGUACAGCCCCAUCUGCUGUUGGAAAAAUGCAUGUGUAAUAUGAAUGUAAUUAAAGAUUAUUUAUCACA